AAACGGCUGCAACCGGUACGCGAACGAGUCAGUCGUCAAGAGCAGCGCGUACGAAGCGGACGCCUUAUCCUUUUGGUUUUGCGUGCGAGUGUGACUCCGAUUCGGGUGUGUUUGUCGCGUAGGUUGUGUGAUCUGCUGCUGGAGUGAUUCUUCCAAAGAUGGUGCCGCAAUCGUUCCUGAUCGUCGGUCUGUGCUUGGUGGCAGCCGGAAGCUUUACCAGUGUUCGGGCGGAUGUUUCUCAUAUCGCUCCCGCACCGCUAGAAGAUCCCGUCACCGACGUGUGUCUGUCCUGUAUCUGUGAGGCAUCGUCGGGAUGUGAUGCUUCGCUCCGUUGCAAUGGAGAUGUGUGUGGGAUGUUCCGCAUUACCUGGGCGUACUGGGCCGACGCUGGGAAGCCCGUCCAGCAGGGCGAUUCUCCCGACUCGCAGAAUGCUUACGCAAACUGUGCCAACGAACCGUACUGUGCCGCGAGAACCGUCCAGGGCUACAUGAGGAAGUUCGGACAGGACUGUAACGGUGACGGUACGAUCGAUUGCUUCGAUCACGCGAUCAUCCACAAGCUGGGAGGCUACAACUGCAAGAACCAGGUACCGAUCGUCUACCAGUCAAAGAUCGACGAGUGCAUCCAGCGAAAGGCCGUCGAGUAUGGAGCCGUUCGUCAGUAGCGAUCCCUCUGAAACCAUAAUCAUUCUCUUUUAUUUAUACUGUUAGACUUAGUACCGAGUGGUUUCUUUCUCUCUUCGAUUGAUCCAAGUCAAUGAUUUUACACAUUAAUACAUCCUUUCCAUAAAGGUUUCGAAAUAAAAACAACGACUAGGAAGCGA